CUUGGCGAUUGGUAUACACAAUCAUGAACGUUCCAACAUAUCUAGAGUUCUUUCUUCAUACCAAAAUUUCAUUUGAUUUUUUAUUAUCUCUAUUUUUUAAAUAAAGUAGAUUGUAAAAACAAAUCUUUUCAAUGUAGCAGAUCUUAUUAUGGCGAUGGUUACUUACCGCUCCUUAAAACUUCCUCCAAGUGACCACGGCAAAUUUUUCAACGAAUAACCAACUUGGCGAAAUAUAAUAAAAAAUGUCGGGUCAGGAACAAAUAGUGACUCCCUGGGAUGUUCAAGGAUCUAUUGUCGAUGGUGAAGAGGUGGGAAUUGACUACGAUCAUUUAAUUAAGCAAUUUGGUACUCGAAAAAUUACUGAUGAGCAACUUGAAAGAUUUGAGAAGCUGACUGGCCGCAAGCCUCAUAUGCUAUUGAGAAGAGGCCUUUUCUUUUCACAUCGUGAUCUGGAUUACAUUUUGGAUCGUUAUGAACAGAAAAAGCCUUUCUACUUGUAUACAGGUCGAGGACCUAGCAGCGACAGUAUGCAUCUCGGUCACUUGAUUCCUUUCUUAUUUUGUAAAUGGCUUCAAGAUGUUUUCCAAGUUCCUAUUGUCAUUCAAAUGACUGACGAUGAGAAAUUUCUUUUCAAACAAAACUUAAGCCUUGAAGAAUGUCAACGUUUCGCUCGCGAAAAUGCCAAAGAUAUCAUCGCAUGCGGAUUUGACCCAAAAAAGACUCUCAUUUUUGCAAAUACUCAAUAUGUUGGUGGUGCUUUUUAUCAAAACAUUGUUCGAAUUUCAAAGUGCAUAACUGCAAAUCAAGCUAAAUCCUGCUUUGGCUUUAAUGAUAGUGACUCUAUCGGAAAAUUGCAUUUCGCUUCAAUUCAAGCAGCUCCUAGCUUUAGCAGUUCUUUUCCCAAUAUAUUCAAUGGUGCCAAGGAUGUUCCUUGUUUAAUUCCUUGUGCCAUCGAUCAGGACCCUUACUUCCGUCUUACUCGUGAUGUCUCAGCUCGUCUUAAGUUUAAGAAACCUGCUUUAAUUCACAGUAGAUUCUUCCCUGCUCUUCAAGGUCCUCAGUCUAAGAUGAGUGCUAGCAAGGACAGUUCUGCCAUCUUUAUGACGGAUACCCCUAAUAAAAUCAAGAACAAAGUUAACAAGUACGCAUUUUCCGGUGGUGGCGCUACUGUUGAAAUACAUCGUGAAAAGGGAGGAAAUCCCGACGUUGAUGUUGCUUAUCAAUAUCUGUCUUUCUUCCUUGAUGAUGAUGCAAAACUUCAAGAGCUCCAUGAUAAUUAUAAGUCUGGUACUCUUCUCACCGGUCAGCUUAAAGCUGAAUGCAUCAAAAUUCUUCAAGAGGUGGUAAGUAACUUUCAGGAAGCUAGAGGAAAGGUUGACGAAGCUACCUUGAAUCUGUUCAUGGAUGGAUCUCGAAAAUUAGAGUGGUAAUAUAUUUAAAUCAAUGAUUGAAUUUCGUUCAUUAAUUUUGGGACAAAAAGGUGUCGGUCACAUAGUGGUUUUUAAAUCGGCCUGUUUCCUCUUAGUUGAAUCGUCAUUAUUGACAAUUUACCAUUCCUAUACCUUAUAAUAUGUGCUGUUUGAUGGACGCUCAUCUUGCAAUUGAACGAAAAAAAAUAGAGUUUAUUUGAUUAUAUAGGAAUUUUUCGACUACCAGUUACGUUCAUAUAUAUUAAUAAAAAUAGAAGAUGAUACCAAUCUUGAAAACAA